AUGGCCACGACCCGGCAGUUUCUUGAGGACUUUGGUAUGCGUGUCGCCUACGAGGAGAAUGGUGGCAAGGUGCUCUACUUUGCGGGACAGGGGCCGGACCCUUACGUUUAUGUUGCGGAAGAGGCCGACAAGAGCGAGUUCCUGGGCGGCACUUUCCUUGUCGAAACCAAGGACGACCUUGAGCGCGCCAGUCAGUUGAUCCCCGGCGCCACCAAGCUCCUCCCGGCUGGCCCAGCAGGCGGAUACAUGGUCACGUUCCGCGACCCAGACAACCUCCCAUGCAACCUGGUCUGGGGGCUUGACGCGCCGCAGUCAACUCAGGUCGGCGACGCCGUCCCAGUCUUCAACUACCCAACAUUCAAACCCCGCAAGGGCGUCUUUCAGAGGUACCAGCAAGGACCCUCUCCAGUGUUCAAGUUGGGCCAUUUUGGACUUCUUAUCAGCGACUUCAAGAAGACGUACCAGUUUUACUGCAAGUACUUCAACGUUAAGGCUACCGACAUUCUCACUGCCCCGGACGGAACCCAGGUGGCAGCCUUCUGUCACAUUGAUCGCGAGGAAGAGUGGGUUGACCACCACACGUUCUUCUUCUCUCAGAACUCGCUGCACGUCGGUCCCCACCACUGUUCGUUUGAAGUCAAUGACCCCGAUGUGCAGGCUAUCGGUCACGACUUCCUGGAGGCUAAAGGGUACCGUCCAGCCUGGGGCGUGGGCCGUCACAUCCUCGGCUCCCAAGUCUUCGACUACUGGUUUAUGCCUGACGAUUUCAUGAUUGAGCACUACUCGGACGGUGACCUCGUCAAUUGCCACCAGGAGACUGGUUUCCUGGCCGCGAGCGACGAGGCCCUUGCCAUCUGGGGCCCUGCUGUCCCGAAGGGAUUCAUGGAUGCGGUGAUCGACAACAAGAAGAAGGCUUAG